AUGACAGAAAUUGAUUUUAUUCGAACAAUUGAACAUUCAUUAGUGGCUGGAUCAAUAGCUGGAUGUGCAGUUGAUUUAUCAUUAUAUCCAAUAGAUACAAUAAAAACUCGUCUUCAAGAAAAAAAAAGUUUAAAUAAACGAAUAUUAUUUUCAUCAUUAUAUUCUGGUGUUGGUUCUGUAUUAAUUGGCAGUGGUCCAUCAUCAGCUUUAUUUUUUCUUGCUUAUAAUUUAACAAAACAAACAGUGCCUAUAUCAUCUCAAUGGAAAACUCAUAUGAUUGCAGCUGCUUUUGGAGAAAUUAGUGCAUGUCUUAUACGUGUUCCUGUUGAAGUUAUUAAACAACGAGCACAAGUUAAUAGAGAUUUACGUUUAUUAACAAUCGUCAAAUCAUGUCUUCAUCAUGAAGGUUUAUUAGGUCUUUAUCGAGGAUAUUUUGCAACUCUAUCACGAGAAAUUCCUUUUUCAGUUAUCCAAUUUCCACUAUGGGAAUUAUUUAAAAGACAUUGGAGUUCUAAACAAGGUUAUUCGGUAUCUCCAUGGCAAGGAGCAUUAUGUGGAUCUCUAGCUGGUGGAAUAGCAGCAUCUAUUACAACUCCAUUUGAUGUUGCUAAGACUCGAAUAAUUCUUGCUCAUCAUUCCGAUGUUGAUGCAGCUUCUCAUCCUUUGAAAAUUAUUAAAAAUAUUUUCAAACAAGAAGGUUUUACAGCUUUAUACAGUGGUGUUAUUCCUCGGACAAUGUGGAUAUCAGUUGGAGGUUUUGUUUUUUUUGGUGCUUUUGAAUUAGCUACAUCGUUUUUCUUUCCUAACAAUAUAUAA